GGGCGGCGGCGCAGGCGCAGUAGCGGCGCGGGAGGGCGGCAGGCGGAGAGGCAGGCUGAGGGGAGGGCAGGGCCCACGGCGCUCGGCUCGCCGCGCUCCCGGCUCCGCGCUCCGUCCGCGGGCCCGUCCCGCAGGCGCCGCCCCUUCCCUCCCGCCCCCUCGCUUCCCCCCCCUUCUCCCUCCGCCCGACCCCCCCCCGCGCCGCGCCGCGCCGCUCGGCCUCGGCGCCGCCGCCUCACGCGCGCCGUCGCUUCCGCUUCCCCUCCCCCGCCCCGCCGUCGCCAUGGACGUGAAGCGGCUGAAGGUGACCGAGCUGCGGGCCGAGCUGGGCCGCCGCGGCCUGGAUUCGCGCGGCCUCAAGGUGGAGCUGGCGCAGCGGCUCCAGGAGGCCCUGGACGCCGAGAUGCUGGCGGCCGGGCCUGAGGAAGGCGGCGCGGCCGGGCCUGGGGCCUGCGCCGGCGAAGCGGGCCCGGCCGGCGGCCCCGCCGCGCACCACCACCACCCCGGCGGCGGCGACGACGAAGAGGAGGAGGAGGAGGAGGAAGAGGAGGAGGAGGAGGAGGAGGAAGAGGACGAGGAAGCACUGCUGGCUGACGAGGAGGAGGCGGCGGCGGCGGCGGGAGCGGCGGCGGCGGCCCCCGACGAGGCGGAGGCGGCCCAGUCCGGCCCCCCAGAGGAGGAGGAAGAGGAGGAGGAGGAGGAGGCGGCGGCGGCGGCGGCUGUGGCGGCAGAGCAGCCGCAGCCGCAGCCCCAGGAGCAGCCCGAGGCGGAGCCGGAGCCCGAGCCGGAGCCCGAAGGCCCCGAGGGCAGCGGCGUGAACGGCGCCGAGAGGCCGCAGGAGGAAGGGCCCAGCGGCGAUGAGGCCGCAGCUGCCGAGGCCAAGGAGGAAGGCGCGCAGGCUGCAGAUGAAGAUGACAAGUCAAAACCAGCAGGCUCCGACGGAGAGCGAAGAGGAGUUAAGAGACAACGCGAUGAAAAAGAUGAGCAUGGACGUGCUUAUUAUGAAUUCCGAGAGGAGGCUUACAACAGUCGGUCCAAGUCUCCCCCACCACCAGAAGAAGAACCGAGAGAAGGAGAGGAUGAUGAAACUGUUGUCAUCCUGGACACAUAUACUUCUGACCUCCACUUUAAAGCCAGCAAAGAUCGCUACGGGGGGCAGCCUCUCUUCUUUGAGAAAUUCCCUUCCCUUUGGUCUGGAGCAAGGAGCACUCAUGGAGUCACCAAGGGGAAAGUCUGCUUCGAGGCGAAGGUGACACAGUAUCUCCCUGUGAAGGAGGGCAGUACGGAGGUCCCCCUCUUUCGUGUUGGAUGGUCUGUGGAUUUCUCUCACUCACAGCUAGGGGAGGAUGAGUUUUCUUAUGGCUACGAUGGACGAGGGCUGAAGGCCGAAAAUGGGCAGUUUGAGGAGUUUGGCCAACCCUUUGGGGAGAAUGAUGUGAUUGGCUGCUUUGCUAACUUUGAGAACGAAGAGAUGGUGGAGCUGUCCUUCUCCAAGAACGGGGAGGACAUGGGGGUGGCCUUUCAGAUCAGCAAGGAAUCCCUCGCUGACAGAGCCCUCCUGCCUCAUGUGCUGUGCAAAAACUGCGUGGUCGAACUGAACUUCGGUCAGAAGGAAGAGCCCUUCUUUCCCGUUCCUGAAGAUUACGUGUUCAUUCAUGCUGUCCCAGUCGAGGACCGAGUGCGCACCCCGCUUCCCCCCAAAACCACAGAGGAGUGUGAGGUGCUGCUGAUGGUUGGGCUGCCAGGGUCGGGGAAGACCCAGUGGGCACAAAAACACACUGAGGAGAACCGAGAGAAGCGAUACAACAUCUUGGGAACAGAGACUGUUCUACACCAAAUGAGAACGAAAGGCCCAGAGGUUGAAGAGAUGGAUGCCAAGAGCAGAGACCUGUUAAUCCAGCAAGCUGCUCAGUGCCUUAGCAAGCUGGUUCAGAUUGCUCCCAGAGCCAAAAGAAACUUCAUUCUCGACCAGUGUAACGUGUACAACUCUGGGCAGCGACGGAAGCUGCUUGCCUUCAAGGGUUUCUCCCGCAAGGUGGUUGUGAUUGUUCCCAACGAAGAAGACUGGAAGAAGAGGCUGGAGUUGAGGAAAGAGGCUGAAGGGGAGGAUGUCCCUGAGUCAGUGAUGCUGGAAAUGAAAGCUAACUACUCUCUGCCAGAGAAGAACGACUACUUGGACGAAGUCAUCUACGGAGAGCUCACGAAGGAGGAGGCCCAGCCUCUGGUCACCAAAUACAAGGAGGAAGCCAGAAAAUUGCUCCCCCCUUCUGAGAAACGGGCAAACCGUCGCAAUAACCGCAACAAGCGUAACCGCCAGAACCGCAACCGCGGUCAGGGCUAUGUUGGUGGGCAGCGCCGAGGUUACGACAAUCGAGUCUACGGACAGCAGCAGUACUGGGGACAGCCUGGAAACCGAGGAGGUUACCGCAACUUCUACGACCGAUACAGAGGGGACUACGACAGAUUCUAUGGACGCGACUAUGAGUACAACAGAUACCGAGAUUACUACAGGCAGUACAACCGGGAGUGGCAGAACUACUACCAAGACAGAGACCGAUACUACAGGAACUACUACGGAUACCAAGGGUACCGGUGAAAUCCCAGCCGUCUGCACCCUUCAGCCAAGCAGCUGAAUCUUGUGGAGGUGUCUGCCACUUCCCAAAACACAACCAAUGGAAACAGGGCUGUUGGGGGGAGAGCAGCGGCGGGGGGAGGGGGGAGGAAAAAAAAGAAACUGUAAAUUUUUUUUUAAAGUUUGUUGAAAAGAAUAUUGUCUUAUUCUAUAAAACAUUUCAAACCUAGUUAGAUAUUUGUAAUCAAAAUGUUUGCGCAGAGAGAGCAGCACUUAGCGCUGCGUGUCCUGUACCCUGUGAUUGGGCAGGAGAACUACGUACCCUUUAACAACAUCCUAGAGCAGCUGGACUGGCAGCCGGACAGGGAGGAGCAGGGUUUGCAAGACGCGCUCAAUGAUGGGAACUGAACAUGUAAGAACCGGGGAGGUGCAGACAAGCGAGGAUGGAGGGGCCGGCGUCCUGGGGGGGUGGGCUGCGCUGGGGUGGGCAGGCGAUAUUAACUGUUGACUCUAAUCCUUCACUUGCAACAUCUAAUUUCCUUCCAGGUAAUCCUUUGCCGAUCUGUCUUUGGGGUGAGGGGUGGCGUGCGCGUGUGUGUGCAUGUGUGUUUUUGGGGGGCUCUGAUCAGACGUGGGUGGAGAAGAGAUUGUUUCCGCCUCAGCAGAAUCCAAGGAUUGGAUGUCCCUGUGUUUGGCUUGUCCUGGAGAGGUUGCAGGAUGUAAUGUGCUGGGCCAGAAGCUGCAGUUUAAGCCGCACAGCUUGCUUCACCCUCCCACUCGCUAUUAAAUUUCCCUGAAAGCUUGUAAGUGGAAUUGGGACCUCGUCUUUUUGUUGUUUGUUUCUUUUUUUGGCAGAAGGAAGCGCAGGAAUUUGGUUUGCCAGUCCCUAAAUUCUCGUUCUUCCCUGGCCGAAGCUGACCGCGUUGGUGAGACAGUGGGUCCCUCCAAGGCUGGCUGGCUAGGCCGGGUGCUGAAUCAUCUCUGUAUAGUUGUCUGUCCUCUUUAGUGGAAGAGAAGGAACAUUUCUCAGGGUUUCUGCAGGAUCUUUUCUUCAUUAGAGCGUCAUGUGUAUAUAGGCGACCCGUGCAGUGUGUAACCUUCACCUGUGAGGAGAUAGUGCUGAGAAUAGCGACAAUUUUAUACCGUACGAAGCGGGCAUGCUUCUCCAUGUGCCCCGGGGUUUUGAUAAACCGCUAGGGCGUGUAUAUAGGAAACACAGGAAGGCGACUGAGUGUGGUAGUGAACCGGCCUGAAGCGGGCGAGUGUGUGUGUGCAUUGUGCCCUCCCCGUUGCUGCGGGGGGGUGGGUGGGUGGGUGGGUGUAGUGUUGAGUUUCUGACACUGAUCCUGGGGCAGAGGGGGCCUACGUGGGGAGCCGAAGGAGACUGACCCCUCGGCUUCGGGUGCUCCGGUGCUAGAAAGCUGUUGGGGGGCUCUGUGGGUCGGGCGGGAGGGCAGCCGCUUCGCAGGGCAUCCACGUGCACCAGCAUGGCAGUGACGGGCAGGGGGUUAACCGGGGCAGGAGGGAGGCACCUCUCCUCCAGCGAGGAUCCUUGGUGUCGGUCUCUUUAGCUUCGAUUUGCUUUUCCUCCCGCUCCCCACGUAGCGCGGACCGUUUCCCAGGAAGCGGCGGCCGCCUGCGGGAAGCGGAAGCGUGUUGUUCCCGGGGCUCGGCUGGGCACCGGUCCCGCUCCCUCAGGGCCCGGAUACCCCACCUUCUCCACCUGCUCCUCGUGUGAUUCAUUGUUUGAAAUUCAAACACUUUUAAUUUUCGCUUUUAAAUUGGAUCUUUUUUUUUUUAAUCAUCCCCUGGCUCUAGUGCCCCCAUGCCCCCACCUCCCACCCGGGCACUGUCACGGGGCAUGCCGGGGCUCGCCUGCCUCCGGCCGCUGCGUGUAUCUGGACGUGUGCGAGUGUGUGACCGUUUUUAUAACAAAGCAAACCGCUAUUUUCAACGCUUCAGGCCACUAGUGACAAAUGACUCUUGAGGUGGGGACUGCGGGGGCCCCCGGGGCGGGGGAGAGGCAGAGCGGGAGCUGCGCAGUUGCCGGGGUGUCCGAUGCUCGGUGGGUUUUUUAACCGGCGGUGGGGCCGCGCUGUCGGCCGGGAGCGGCCCCGGCCCCUCUGCCGCUGCCCCGGCCCUGGGCGCCGGGGUGGGUGGGCAGCCGAGGGCCGGCGCCGAGCGCGGGAACCACUUCGGGAGGCGGUGGGAAGGGAGGGGAAGGGGGGCUGUCACAGUUAACAGAAAUAACUUUUGAAGCUAUAUAGUCCUUUUUAAAUAAAACAAAAAUGAAAUAAAAAAAUUUUUUUCUGGGGAUAAACUAGAACUGCCACAGCGUUGUCUGUCAGACCAAGAGAUCUUAGCGACUUCGGUAGGUGUCUUUUUUCUGCACAUUUUUUUUGUUAAAUAAAAAAAAAACUUAAAAAAAAAAAACUUAUUAAAUGGUAACUGAGGAACUGCAGCCUGUUCUAGACCUGUUUAGUGUUUCAUGAUUGUAUGUCUUAGUUGCUGUAGAGGGCGAGCGUGGGGGAGCCCCGCGGAGGCUGUCCGUGUUUUUACGAACUGUAAGCGUUUCGCAGUGGCCAGUAAAAGGGUUUUGCCAUUGAACAUGUAACUGUGUGGUUGUUUACACCUGUACCUUCCCUUCGGGCUCUGGCAAAUGUAGGCGAUAGCUUCCAUUUUUAGAAUAAAUAACCAUUCGCUUGACUUCA